AUGGAUAAGUCUUGGAUUACAAAGCCACGAAAUACACAUGAAUUUCAGGAAGGGGUGCAAGGAUUUUUGGAAUUUGCCUUUGCCCAUCGGUCUGUUGAAGGCAAAAUCAAAUGUCCUUGUCCUGAUUGUGUUUUUAGAAAUUGGGAGACCAGAGCAGUGGUGUAUGAUCAUUUGAUUUGUAGAGGGUUUCCAACCACAUACACUAUUUGGUUUUGGCACGGGGAGUCAACUACAGGGGAAACUUCUAAUAGCACACCUUCAAUACAAAAUCCCUUAUACAGUCAUGAUCCAAUACACAAUAUGAUCAACGAUGCUUUUGGGAUAUCUAGGGACCAUGUGAAUGUAGAAGCUUGCACAUCGCAUCAACCAGUACAUGAAGGUGAAGAAAGGAUGCCAGAAUUGAAUCAAGGACCUAAUGAGGAAACUAAGGCAUUUUACGAUCUAGUUAGGGAUGGAAAUCAAGAAUUGUAUGAAGGAUGUACAAAGUACUCGAAAUUAUCAUUCCUAGUAAAACUAUAUCACAUCAAGUGCUUGUGCGGAUUGAGUAACAAAGCAAUGUCUAUGAUUUUAGAAUUGUUAAAAGAUGCCUUCGAACAUGCAGAGAUUCCUGAUUCUUUUUAUGAGGCGAAGAAAUUAAUUACCAAGCUUGGUCUUAAUUACAGUCAAAUACAUGCAUGUCCAAAUGACUGUAUGUUGUAUUGUGGAGAAGAUGAAAGUAGGGAGACAUGCAAAGUAUGUAACACGUCAAGAUGGAAACAAAGUAGGAAAGGUAACCCGACGAACAUGUCUGGUGGGGGCAAGAAAAGAAAAAACAAACCUGUUAAAGUUUUACGAUACUUUCCACUUAAACCAUGUUUGCAAAGGUUAUUUAUGUCUUCUAAAACUGCUGAACAUAUGAGGUGGCAUUCUGUGGAUGGUAACAAAGAUGGCUUGAUGAGGCACCCGAGAGACUCUGAGGCGUGGAAGAGAUUCGAUGAAACACACCUUGAAUUCGCAUCAGAUCCACGGAAUGUUAGGCUUGGGUUAGCUAGUGAUGGCUUCAAUCCUUUCGGAACUUUGAGUACCAACUAUAGCAUUUGGCCUAUGAUUCUUAUACCGUACAACUUACCCCCUUAG